AUGUAUGAAUGUGCCUCCUGCACGGCGGCUUUUUGGCACUGGGUGGACUGUGAGGAGCAUAUGGACGACUAUGACCAUUGGAUUGCAUGCGAGACAUGCAUUCGCAAAUUCCACAGCCAGAGAGCCGCAGACCAGCACAUGGAUGCACUCGAUCACCGUCAUCCCAUUUUUGAAUGCGAGACAUGCGAUCGCAAGUUCUGUAGCCAGGAAGCCGCAGAUCAGCACAUGAACGCACUCGAUCACCGUCGUCCCAUUUUUGAAUGCGAGACAUGCGAUCGCAAAUUCCACAGCCAAGAGGGUGCAGAACAGCAUAUGAGGACAGUGAAGCACUAUAGUAACUAUUGUGAUACCUGUGAUCGUUGGUUCAUGAACGAAAACAACCUCCGAAUGGGAAUACAGCAUCUGAAUUCAAAAAUUCACCAAGGAAAGACUGUAAAGUGUCCAUUUUGCGGAAAUGGCUUUGUCACUCCCAGCGGACUGUCUCACCAUCUAGAAAGUGCAUCAUGCCCGCAGGCCCGCAAUCUGAACCAGGAAACCCUCGCAGAGAUGGUCAGACGCUCGGAUCCCCACGGUCUCAUCACUCAGAAGCAGCUCGAGUCGCAUCAAGAGAAGAACGUGGAGUACGAGGCCACCCAUGCUGCAUGGAACGGGCAUAACUGGGAGUGCUACCUCUGCCACAAGCUCUUCAAGAACGUUAAAUCCCUCAACCAGCACAUAAAUUCCCCCACACACAAGCAGAAAAUCUACCAUUGCCCCAAUAGGCGCGAGAAUUGCAACAAACAAUUUGUCUCUCUGGCUGCCCUUUUCAAUCACCUGGAGAGUGAAACGUGCGGCUUGUUGCGCUUUCGCCAAGUGCAGCAGCUCCAGGAGCGACUGACAGACUCCUUUCUGAACCGGAAAGUUAUUACGUAUAUCUGA